AAAAAAAAAAACAUUCCCCUUCUAUAUCUUACAUCUAUAGUCUUUUUGCCCUGGUGUAUCUCUUUCACAUUUAAGAAAAGUCUGGAAUCUUGGUUUAUGAAUUGGUGGAAUACUAGUCAAUCCGAAAUUUUCUUGAAUGAUAUUAAAGAAAAGAGUAUUCUCAACAAAUUCAUAGAAUUAGAGGAACUUUUUUUCUUAGAUGACAUGUUAAAGGAAUGUCCGAAAACAUAUCUACAAAACCUUCGUACUGGAAUUUAUAAAGAAACAAUCCAAUUAAUCAAAACGCACAACGAAGAUCGUAUGAAUACGAUUUUGCACUUCUCCACAAAUAUAAUUUGUUUCUUUAUUCUAAGCGGUUAUUCUAUUCUUGGUAAUAAAGAACUUGUUCUUAUUAACUCUUUGGUUCGAGAAUUUAUAUAUAAUUUAAGUGACACAAUAAAAGCAUUUUCUAUUCUUUUAUUAACUGAUUUAUGUAUAGGAUUCCAUUCAACCCAUGGGUGGGAACUAAUUAUUGGUUUCGUUUAUAAAGAUUUUGGAUUUGCUCAAAAUGAUCAAAUUAUAUCCGGUCUUGUGUCCACUUUUCCAGUCAUUUUAGAUACAAUUUUAAAAUAUUGGAUUUUCCGUUAUUUAAAUCGCAUAUCUGUAUCACUUGUAGUGAUUUAUCAUUCAAUGAAUGAUUGACAGAAAAACCGAUUUACUUGAAUAAAUUUCAAGUUUUUAUCUAAAAAAAGAGAAUUUUUCUUUUCCCCCUCUUAAAAAAAAGUUCAAUAAAAAAGGGGUUCCCACCUUGGAUAGGGAACUAUGCGAGUGACCUACCUAAUCUUAUUGUAGAAAUUUUAAGGAUCAAUGAUUAGACCAUGCAAACUAGAAAUGCUUUUUCUUGUAUAAAGGAAGGGAUUACCCGAUCCAUUUCUAUAUCGGUCAUGAUAUAUAUAAUAAUUCAAGCACCCUUUUCAAAUGCAUAUCCAAUUUUUGCACAGCAGGGUUAUGAAAAUCCCCGAGAAGCAACCGGUCGUAUUGUCUGUGCCAAUUGCCAUUUAGCUAAUAAGCCCGUGGAUAUUGAGGUUCCACAAGCGGUACUUCCUGAUACUGUAUUUGAAGCCGUUGUUCGAAUUCCUUAUGAUAUGCAAGUGAAACAAGUUCUAGCUAAUGGUAAAAAGGGAACUUUGAAUGUGGGGGCUGUUCUUAUUUUACCGGAAGGUUUUGAAUUGGCACCCCCCAAUCGUAUUUCGCCUGAGAUUAAAGAGAAGAUAGGCAAUCUGUCUUUUCAAAACUAUCGCCCUACAAAAAAAAAUAUUCUUGUAGUAGGCCCUGUUCUUGGUCAGAAAUAUAAUGAAAUCACGUUUCCUAUUCUUUCCCCGGAUCCCGCUAGUAAAAGAGAUAUUCAUUUCUUAAAAUAUCCGAUAUACGUAGGCGGGAACAGGGGAAGGGGCCAGAUUUAUCUUGACGGGAGCAAGAGUAAUAAUAAUGUUUAUAAUGCUACAGCAGCAGGUAUAGUCAAAAA